AUGCCGGCUCCUCACACACGGCCUGCCACCGGGGCGGCCACCAGAAAGCCCGCAUUGCGACAACCUUCCAGGCGUAUAGCCACCUCUGCGACCGAAAGAUCCCAGUCUCCAGCUGUUGCCUUGAAACCGACAACGACAAAUAUCAUGCGCCUACAGAGAUCUCCAAGCGUGCAGUCGAUCGCAGGUGCGAAACGUAAAGAACGCGAAUAUGAACCAACCAGUGGCGAGGAUACUAGCAUACACGUUGUGGUUCGGUGUCGCGGUCGUAACGAUCGAGAAAUCCAAGAAAACAGCGCCGUAGUCGUAUCGACAGAAGGUACCAAUGGCGUCGAACUUUCAAUGGGCCCGAACGCUCUGAGCAACAAAGCAUACCAUUUUGAUAAAGUGUUCUCUCCAGCAGCUGAUCAAACAACACUUUUUGACGACGUCGUGACACCUAUAUUAAACGAGAUGUUAUCCGGAUAUAACUGUACUAUUUUCGCUUACGGUCAGACGGGUACAGGGAAAACAUACACAAUGUCAGGAGAUAUGACCGAUACUCUGGGUAUACUUUCAGAAAAUGCGGGUAUUAUUCCGCGCGUCUUAUACUCGCUUUUCAGCAAACUGGAGGACCGAGAAAGUACGGUUAAGUGUUCAUUCAUUGAGUUGUAUAAUGAGGAACUACGAGACUUGCUUUCUCCUGAUGAUAAAGCCAACUUGAAAAUCUAUGAAAAUGAAUCGAAAAGGGGCCACAAUAGUACCACUUUAGUGCAAGGUAUGGAAGAGCAUUUUAUCCAUUCUGCUACCGCUGGAAUCAAACUGCUUCGAGGGGGGAGCUACAAACGCCAAGUAGCGGCGACGAAAUGCAACGACCUCAGUUCCCGAAGUCAUACUAUUUUCACGAUCACCACUAGCGUCAAGCGGACAACAGAGGCUGGCGAAGAGUACAUCAGCACUGGAAAGCUGAAUCUUGUGGAUUUGGCAGGUAGCGAGAAUAUUCAGAGAAGUGGCGCCGACAAUAAACGUGCGGCUGAGGCUGGCCUUAUUAACAAGAGUCUCCUGACGCUCGGCAGAGUCAUCAACGCCUUGGUCGACAAAAGCUCUCAUAUCCCGUACCGCGAGUCCAAGCUCACGCGCUUGCUGCAGGAUUCACUAGGAGGUCAGACGAAGACAUGCAUUAUUGCAACCGUUUCGCCUGCGCGAAGUAACUUGGAAGAGACAAUAUCGACUCUAGAUUACGCUUUCCGAGCGAAGAAUAUCCGCAACAAACCACAAAUUAACUCCACGUUGCCGAAGAAAACGUUGCUGCGCGAAUAUACCAUGGAGAUCGAACAGCUGAAAAGCGAUCUGAUUGCAACACGACAUCGUAACGGAGUUUACCUCUCUGCAGAAGCCUACGAAGAAAUGAAGAUUGAAAGUGAAUCGCGCAGAAUCAUCAACGAGGAACAGCGAGCGAAGAUUGAAAGCAAAGAAGCGAGCCUGAAACACAAGACAGAGGAGCUGUUUGCGCUAACGAGCAACUUCAACAAUCUGAAAAAGGAUAAUGAGGAAACACGCGCCGCAUUGAAUGAGACAAACGAUGUCUUGGAACAGACCGAAAUUGUUCUCCGAGAUACGAAGAAACAAUUGGAACAAGAGGAAAUAAUCCGCCAAGCGCAUGAGCAGACGGAAGAGAAACUUUAUGGUGUUGGUAGCGAGCUCCUCUCCAAGUUGGAUCAGACAGUUGAGCAUGUCAAUGGCCUUCACCAAAAAUUGCAUCGCAAGUCGGAUCUUCACAUCCUCAACCGUGAUACAUGGGAGGCAUGUACCGGAGAUGUUGUUGAUGUGACCAAGCUGAUUGAAGAUAGGGUUGAGUGUUUUGAAUCCGAGCACUCAGCUCUUAUUCAAGGCUUGUCUACCAAGGUUACGGACUUUGUUACAAAGGAGUUGCAAACGGUUGCGAGCGGGAAUUCUCAGAUCAACGCAUUUCGCUCAUUCUUGGAUGAGACGGAGAAUAGAUUGACGGAACAAUCCAUCAAAGCCCAUGAUGAAAUGAAUGAUGUUCUCGAGGAAAUUAAGGUCCUUCGAGAGGAAGUCAAGGGAAAAGUUGGCCAGGGAUUGAAUGGUCUGUCUGCGGCUGCAGAGCGGAUAUCAAAGGAAGUUAUUGAUGAAAUGACUGACUUCCAUGCCCAGCUUCAUUCGUCUUAUAGUGCCCUAGGUCGGGAUUUCAAGGCCAUGUUUGAGAAAAUCAUCGGUCAUCUAGAGUCACAAAAGACAGAGAUUGAGGAACUUCGCACACAAUUGCUUGAAGCCAACCGUCAAGCUAUACAAGGAAACCAGUCCGCUUCUACUGAUCUCGAGAAAGCAUUGGAAGAAGAAAGACAAGCCGCCGAAACCGAUCGCGCCGAUCUACUUUCUCAGAUUAACUUGUUGAUUGAAGCCUCCAGUCAGAAACAAGUCUCCCGUCUCAAAGGACGAGUGGAUAUUGUGACGUCUGAUUUGAAGUCUUCUGGUGAUGGCCUGCAAAGGGCAACCGACAAAUACCAAGAAGGCAUGGAUAAGUGGGCAGGCAAGGAGAGUCAUCUGAUGGAAGAUGUCGUCAGUUCUAGAGAUGCUAUCAAGGGUCGUAUGCAGGAAGACUGGGAGGUUUUCGAACAACGCAAUGAAUCUAUUCAAAAAUCAACUGAAGCAGUUCAUCAAGAGACGGUUCGCAUCGUUGAUGAGCAAGUGCAGCAGAUGGCCGUUCAGAUGGAAGCAUUGGAUGACUUUGUGACCAGAGCCAGGUCUCAAAACGGUUCUCAUCAUGAAUCUCAUUUGGCUAACCUGGAAAGCCUCACAAAGAACAUCAAGGACUCAUUCGUGUCACUAGAAGAAGAACUUGGCAGCAUGAGCACCCAACUUCAUGCAUUCCAAGAGACGGUCACCGCUCAAGAGGAUAGUAUCAAACAGGCUGUUACUCCCUUUUCCGAAGAAGUUCGACAGCCGUUGGUUGAGCUUAGAAAUAACAUUCAAAGCACGCCAAUGGUCGAAUACAAGCCAACAGGAACUACUCCCUCGAGGACAUCUUACGAGUAUCCUAAAACAUUGCCUCGAACGGAACCCCACAGUACUCUGCUUGACAAGCUAAAGCAAUCUACCCAACCUAUACUCACGCCCCUUGAGGAGGAAAAUCUGGACCCAGGCUUGAAGUCACCGAUCAAACAUCGCAUGGGCUCACCGAUGAAAACACGGGUCUACAAUGACGCCGAGGAUGAGGUAGGCGAACCUAGCAUUACCACCUCAACAAUCAUCACAUCGACCAACACGGGUCUUAGGGAGGUCGACUUAAACGUCGCCGCGAAACAACUCAACUCUAGUUUACCGGAGCGCGAUUUUUCCAAAUCAAUGAUCCUCGAUGUUUCAGAGGAUCCGGCUCAGCCACCUCUUAAGAAACGACAGACUGCUUCAGAGAGUAAGCUUCCUCAAAAGGCUUCGAUGCGCCGGGCGCCAGCUGGAAUUGCUUUGGAUGGGAGGGAGAAUGUCCCGCUUGAUGCCAGUAUUGGACGACGAUUACGGAAUAGACCGUCCAUUGGUUAG